GCUCCCACGGAUGCAUGCGUGCGCUUCCUUGGUACUUUCCCGAGGCCGCUGUUGAAGAAGGCGAGGGAGAAGCACUACCAUGAGACGGUUCUUGCACGCUAUGCGCAUCUAUUGAAUGGAGUGACGCCCUUCUUCCACGGCAUCUCGCAGAGCUACAAGCUCACCUUCCCGACAACUGUCGCCGCGAAGACUUUCCAGCAGAGAUACAACGAAGACGGCGGCCAUGACUAUGUGGACCAUCGUACGCAGAAGACAUCAUCGAUUCGCUGCCGUGCCGACUUGCCAGUGGAUGUGAGGAUGAGGCAGAGAGCUUUCAAUGGCAUCUACGAGCCCUUCCUGAAUGAGUUGAAGAAGAGCCCCAAGUGGGGCCCGUCAUGCCGCCUGGGGGUGAACGGAUUCAAAGGAGUUCUAUUGGUGCGUGAUGAUGAGGACAUCUGGGAGAUCGUCGCAGCCAGGGACAAGUCGAAGUCGGAUGUGGAGUUCGUCCCAAUCCAUGAGGAGCUCGCCGAGCGGGGGAUCAGCGCUGAGACG